UCCUGAUUCAAUUUUAAAUCCAAAAUGGGUAAGAAGUCAAUCAGUGAGGCAGAUAAUUCUGUAGUUUCUGAAGGAGAGAAGGAAAAUGGUCAAAGUUAUGAGGAAAAGUUAAGCUUUGUUAGUGCCAUAGCCUCUCCUAUGGCUUCUAAAAAGCUAACUAAGAAGCUCUACAAAGUUAUUAAAAAGGCCUCCAAACAUAAGACAUACGUACGUAAUGGAUUGAAAGAUGUGCAGGCUAGGAUUCGCAAAGGUGAAACUGGUAUCGUUAUUUUUGCUGGGGAUGUAUCCCCAAUUGAAAUUAUGUGUCACAUGCCUGCAGUUUGCGAAGAUAAAGAUAUUCCGUAUUGUUACACUCCUGCCAAGUCUGACAUAGGAGCUGCCAUGGGCGUGAAGAGAGCAUCUGUGAUGGUUCUCGUCCGACCUCAUGAUGAUUACAAAGAACUAUAUGAUGAAUGCUACGAGGAGAUGAAACACCUUCCUCAUCCACUCUAAUAGUAAGAUUCUAUUUUUAUUUUCAUUGUUUUAAAUGGGAAGAGUAUUGAUAGUUUUGUAUUUUGUUUUGCAAUGUGACAGAACAGUUGAAAAUUACCAACAAUUUUGUUUCUAUCUUUAUCUGAGCAUUUCUUUAGCUCUUAAGAUAAUCAAUUUCAUUUUAUUUUAUUAAUGACCGGUUGUUUUUUGUCAUAAAGGAGUACUGAUUUAAGUUUAGUUUAAAUAUGCUUUUGCAAAUCUAUUCCUUUUUGUAUUAUCCUAUAAUAUUUUGAUAGGUUUUGUACUUUGUAAAAUUAUCUGGCAUAUCUAGACCAUUACAAUCAAAAGAAUGUUUUGAUUUGGAUGUUAACUAUAUUUGGUGUGUGAUGGUGUAGUGACAGGUCAUUAAAAAAUAUGACAUAAAUUA